UUUCUAUGUAUAUUUUUUUUUCUUUACUUUUAAUUACAUAAAAAAAAAACCAUGCUGGUGCCUCAAAGACUUAAAAAAAUAGCAAAUGUUGCCGAAAAGCAAAUUGGGACACAUGUUAUCGACGCAAAGAACUUUGUAUUUACAGUAGGUAAAAGAACAGUAACAUCAAUUACAACAACUUCAAGUAAGACACAAACAUCAACAGAGACUAAAACAGUGACAUAUGCUAGUAAUGAGGGCUCUCUGUUAGCUAAUACGUUGCUGUGGGCUCAUUUAAUUCCUCCAGUGCCAGUUAUUGUCUCUACUAUGUAUCGUCAUUAUGCUAAAGGUCCUCCUGCUAAAUCUUGGUCACUUUCAACUGACAUUACUAUUGCCGUCAUUCGUGAUUUCCUUAAUCGUUCAAAUAAAAUUACCGUUGAAGACAUUCAAAAGAUAAGUUCUUCUAAAAAACUGCCUAUUCCAUCCAGCAUUAAACGUAGAAAGUUUGUGGUCCCUAAUGAGUAUAGGAAAAGGGCUGGUGAUUUAAUAGCUAAAUUAUUAACUAAAAAAGACGAAGAACGAAUUGGUUGGAACUGGCAGAAGGAUCGUGAAAAUGCUCCGCCUAUUAAAGGAGAAUGGCUACAACAAAAGGGGAAUCCAUUAGAUCCCAGUAAAGAAAGUACUAUACUCUAUUUACAUGGUGGUGCUUAUUAUCUUGGAUGUUAUGGAAUGUACAGACAAUUCCUUUGUAGAAUAAUUAAGUAUGCAAAAUGUAGAACAUGCGCAGUUGACUAUAGAUUAGCUCCUCAGCAUCCUUUUCCAGCUGCUUUAGAGGACGCAUUAGCCACUUAUUUAUUUAUGAUUGAUCCUCCUAAAGAUAAUGAUAUACAUCCUAUCGAUCCUAAGAAAAUUAUUAUAUCUGGUGAUUCGGCAGGUGGAGGCUUGACCUUCGCACUUCUUAUUGCUAUUCGUGAUUCUGGUUUACCUGCUCCUGCUGGGGGUAUGACCCUUUCGCCAUGGCUGGACUUAACACAUUCUUUACCCUCUAUAAUAUCAAAUAUUAUGACAGAUUAUCUUCCUCCUACAGGAUUUAAACAUGCUCCCUCACCUGCUUUAGACUAUGCUCAACUUCCAGCUAGAGAAGAGGACUUGGAAAUAUUAAAACAAGCAAAAGCUGAGGCAAAGGCUACAAUUGACUUGAAUAAUAACUUGAAAGAACCAUUGUUAAAUAAUGAGUCAUUUGGCCAUCGAACCUCUAUCGGUCCUUUUGGGGAAUGUGUACCUGUACCAAGUAUCAAUGGAGAUGAUAUCUAUCGUAUUCAAUUUUAUGCUGCUAAUGAAGCACUUAAGGUUCCUCUAGUUAGUCCUAUCUUUGAUAGAUCUCACUUGAGAGGUCUUCCUCGAAUUUUAGUGCAAUGUGGCUCUGCAGAGAGAUUAAGAGAUGAAUCCAUUUACGCAUCUUUACAAGCAACUGAUACAUCACCUAUUGCAGACGAAAAAACCGCAGCUUAUGGGAAACCUACUCAUGUCGCUUUAGAAAUCUAUACCGACCAACCUCAUGUCUUUCAACUUUUGUUUUCAAAUAAAUCAGUCUCACGCUCCAUUAAAAAUUUAGCAGCCUUUGUACAUGACGUGACAAACUCACCAACUCCCUUUAAUAAUAAAGAUAAGAAUAAACCUAAUUAUGUAACAAACGAGCUCUUGACCGUCAGAAAUAUUUCUCCUAAUGGAAAGAUAACGAACAUAAAAAAUGAAAUGCUAAGCAAGUUUACAAAAGAAGAAUGGAAUGAAUGGGAAAGGAGACUUGAUAGACCAAGCAUUAAGCAACGUAUGGAUGAUGUUCUUGUUGCUUAUGAGCGUAUCUUAAAAGAAGAAGAACCACUUGCUCAUUAAAAAUUGAUAUUAUAAACAUAUCCAAACGAUAUAAAUCAACAAAUUAACAUUAAAAAAGACUUUAUAAAGUACAUUAAAUACCUUUUUAUGUACUAAUUUUUUUUUUAUGAUUGUAAUACCAUCCUGUUAUUUAUCUGUUAAAUAUACUAGUAAUAAACACUUUAUAUAAAUAUUUGUCAAAAUAAAA